AUGAAUGGAAAACUACUUUCUGCAGUGAACAAGGAAAAAGAUCUAGGAAUCACAAUAUCAAACGAUUUAAAACCCAGUCAGCAUUGCUCAGAGGUAGUUAAAAUUGCUAACAGAUUGGUCGUCUUUAUUGGGCGUACUUUCGAAAAUAAAUCAGAAAAAGUCAUAUUAAAACUGCAUAAUUCACUAGUACGACCUCAUCUUGAGUAUUGCGUACAGUUUUGGUCCCCAUAUUACAGAAAGGACAUUGACAAACUGGAAAGAGUCCAGCGUAGAAUAACAAAAAUGAUUCCAAGGCUGAAAAAUAAACCUUAUGAAGAAAGACUCAAAAAAUUAAACUUAUUCAGCCUAGAAAAACGAAGGAUGCGAGGAGAUUUAAUUGAAAUGUUCAAAAUAAUUAAAGGAUUUGAUAAUAUCAAUGCAGAAGAUUACAUUACUUUUGAUCGAUCAAAUAUAACAAGAAGACGUCAUACUUUUAAGAUUACUGGUAAACGAUUCACAUCAAACGAAGCCAAACAUUUCUUUUUCAAUCGGAUCGUUAACAUUUGGAACGCCCUGCCCGCCAAUGUCGUUGACAGUAAAACAAUUAAUACAUUCAAAAAUAGACUGGACAAAUAUUUAGAAGCCAAUCCGCAACUAAAACACUAUUCAUUAACGUAG